GAGGAGGAGCGCGCGCUUUUCACGCCCCACUACUACAGGCGACCAGCAGUGACGCUUUUUUUUGCGCUUCUUUCCUUCCUAAACUUUUGGUGUUGAACCCUUCAGUCUCUCGGACACGCUGUUCUGUAGCGCUCAGGAUUCUAAUCCGGUUAGACUCGUCGUCCUGCUCCAGCGUCAGCCAUGUUGGUGAUUUUGGCUUUCAUCAUCUUCUUUCACAUUAUCUCGGCGAUACUGCUUUUCAUAGCAACGAUCCAGAAUGCUUGGUGGUUUACAACAAGCGGUGACUUCUACACCGAUCUUUGGUACAUCUGCAACGGCACUUGUACAGACAUCCCGAGCAGUGCGUCCACUGAUGCAGGAUAUCUUCAGGCGGUGCAGGCUGCCAUGAUUCUAGCAACAAUCCUGUGCUGCGUGGACUUCUUUGUCUUCAUCCUUCAGCUUUUCCGUUUGAAGCAGGGCGAGAGAUUCGUCUUCACGGCCGUUAUUCAGCUCUUUUCUUCGCUGUGUGUGAUGAUCGCCGGGUCCCUUUACACGGCCGGGAGGACGACUUUCCAGGCGAAGACCGUACAAGAGGGGGACUACGGCUACUCCUUCGUGCUGGCCUGGGUGGCCUUCCCCAUGACGUUAAUCAGCGGCCUCAUGUAUUUAGUCCUGCGCAAGCGCAAGUAGUCCAACAGUAGUACAACAGUCCACCUCACACGGCUGUGACCUUCGACGACAGAAUUUAUCGUGUAAAUAUGUUCUAUUUUAAAAUAUGGAGAUCCAAAUCAUCGUCAAAACAUAAAAACGGGGGGAAAAAAAAACAAUGUAAAGAAUAAAAUACCGGAAACUGAUGUGUUUUCCUUCAGCACCACGGAGUUUUAGCCCUUUUUUAAAUUGGGGUUUAUUUUUUUGGAAAUUUGAAUAGAUUCAUGUUUAAAGGAUUAGAGUUAGAGUUAGGGUUGCAAAGGGGCGGAAAGUUUCCGGUAAAUUUCCGGAAACUUUCCACGGGAACUUAAUCUGGGGAAUUUUGGAAAUAUUCCAAAUUGGAAACUUUACUGGAAAUUUAUGGGAAUUUGUGGAAAUUUACAAGAAUUUAUGGGAAUUAUUUGGAAAUAUAGGGAAAUUUAUCAUAUACAAACAUAAAUAAACAUUUUGUUUGGUCAUAACACUACUAAUUUAUUGCUUAUUAAGAGUUAGUAAGGUAGUUGUUAAGUUUA